AUUUCUCGAAACAUAAGAUAUGGUUGAAGGAGAAAAGGAUAAUUGUCUGUGAUAACUUAGGCUAUAAAAUUGCUAGCAGUAAGAAGAGUUAUGAUUAGAAAGCGAAAUAGGAAUUCCCACCAUCAAAUAUGGAACUGCACGACGACAAGAAUGGUGUAAAGGACGGUAUUUUGGAUGACCUGGGAAAGUCAAUAAAGUUGGUGCAGCGCUAUGCUCUGUGUGGCUGCAAAGGCAUCAUAGUCAUUGAUAAUGACUCAUGGCCGGUUCAGGCAUUGUGUCAUUUACUUGACCUUGUUCUGCGUCACGGCCUUCAGGACUGGCAUCACGGCUUCUGGCCUGUCGUGUGUGAAUUCAGCCACUCAGACACUUUGCGGGUCAUCCAGUCACUAAAGAGUGUCAACACUUCACUAGGGAAAGGACGAGCCUGGUUGUACCACACACUGACGGAGGGCUCCCUGCAGAGCUACCUGCACUGUCUGUCUCAGGAUGUCCGUAUCUUAUGUAGACACUAUGUGACACAAGCACUCAUUCGAGAUACACCCAGGACCCAGCAGCUCCUUACAUUAUUGGCAGGCCUGGAGCACGUGCAGUUCAACCUGUACCCGGAUGCAGCUUAUCUGGACAUGGCAGCCUACCAGCAGCACACUGAGGUGUCAUCUGAUGUUGUGUCCUUGUGUGGAGAUCCUUCUAACUUCGGUCUUCACAUGACCUCAUCAGUAACAUCAUCUCUGACUUCUCCUGUGGAUUCAGGUGUGGCACUGUUGGACAGUGAUGCUGAUAACACAUCUGUCAGUGAAGCCACAAUGAAUGAGACCGACUGCCUCAGCCUGAGGGAUGACAGAGAGUUUCAGGAUGAUUCAGGUUGCAAUGAAAUAGAAGACAAUCGAAUCAACCACCAGUUGCAGACGCUCGACACACACAUGGGCAAGGGAUACACCUCAGAGGAGUGCUGUGUAAAUACCCAUACUGAGGCAGACCAACUUCAUGCUGCAACUAAGGAAGAGGACUGUGGAGAAAGUGACAAACCAGCAGGUGCUGGGGCCCUCAGGACCACACCUGCUGAGUCAGGGAAUGAGGUGGUGGCAGUGUCCGACAUAUUCCGGAGUCAUUCAUUAUCCGUAAUGACUGCAAGUGACAUUGCCAAUCAGAACGUGAUUGAAAACUCGAUCAUUCCACCAGUGCUGUGCUCAGCACCUUCUUCAUUUGUGGAGUCAAAGAACAGAGUCAACACUGAUAUGACUGUGAUGGAGGAAAGGAAGACUACAAAGGCUAGUUGCAUGCCAAAGCAGGGAACAGAUGGUGAUGACAUUGUUUUCCGCAGACAGCGCAACAAGAAGAAACGUAAUAACAUACCUCCUGAUGGCACCACAAAAGUGAAGCGCGUAUCAUUCCACGAAGAUUUUAUCAGAACCGAAUGUGAAUCUGCUGGGAAAUGUGGGCCCGAUUUCUCAGUGAGUUUUCUUCCCCCAAAUUCUGUAAUAAAGCGUGAUGUAGUAAAAGGGAGAUACAGUUGGUGUGGUGAAGGAGAUGCCCCCUUCAUGCGACGUCGGAACAAUGAGUCUGGCACCAAAUCCGACAUCUAUCUUUCAGCCUCAAAUCUGACCUCAUCAGAUGAAACUAUUUCUAUGGAAGACCCUCUCAUGCAACUCAGUAAGAAUACUAAUAACACAGACAGUAAACAGAAGGAUAAAUAUGCGGUCUCAGAAACUGCUCAUGCUCCCCCAGUCACAGAAAGAGGUACCCCAGAAGGCCAGGAAGAUCCUCCUGUUUAUUCAUCCAGUUUGUGUCUUCACAAGCAUGAACCUGGAGGGACUUUAGCAGGAGCUGUUGGUGGGCUGAGUGGAAGUCUGAGCAAGUUUUCAUCAUUCCUGUUGUCUGCUGACCGGUUAUCUGAUUCAGAAAGCAUUCCAGCCUCAGACAGUGAACUCUUCUGCAGCAGCACUGUGCAUCUGACCUCAUCAUCCUUCAAGGAAAACCAUUUUCUUGAAAAUUCAGGCUGUCAAUCCCUACUUGGUGUUCGCCCAGCAAAGCUCCAUAGCUGCCACCACCACAGAUCACGGAAAGGCACACCCCUUGGUUUAAUUCCACCAAGAGAAGUUGCAUCUAAAUCAUCACUCCUGACCAGGUUUAUGAGGUCUCUGACAGAAAAGAAAUUCAUGCAGAAGAAGCCAAAAGUGGCACUGAAGCCAUCUCGAUCCUUGUACAUUCCUGGAGCCAGGAAACUAGAUCGUACGGAAGUACUGGAACAGUUCAUAACUGAGCUUCAUGUGAUGGGUCACAAUGUGGAACAGGUUGCUGUGGGGACUCCUGACUUAGAAGAGACCUUCCGGACCCAGGUGUUUUUGGACUCUUUGGAAGUGUUAUAUAAGGUUUUCAAAGUGAGCAGUUCCUACUACAGCACUGGGAUUGCCACACCAUUACUAGCAUUGCUGACCAACAUCAACCUCUACUUAAUUGGAGUCAAGAGUAACUACACAUAUUGCAACAAGCUUGUCAUGCCAUACACAGACCUGGAUGCAAUGCUGGUGGGUCCGAACAUGCAGACUGUGCUGCUAGUCAGUGCUGACCGACAGACACAGUUCCUUCUCGUCACUGGUGAUCAUUCGAUCACAGAACAGCUUGUGGGUCAUAUUGAGAUCGCUAUGCGGCGAGCCCCUACAAAACCAACCCUUCCAGCAGUCAGGGUUCUGGAACUGGAAGAUAUGAAGGGUUUGGCACAGGACAUCUCAGUUCUAGCGGGCGAAGCUAUCUGUCAUUAUAGCAUCGUGCACCUGCAAGACCAUCAAGUUAGUCCCCCCUCAACCCCACUGGGACCCACAAAGGAAGGCCAUCUUAUGUUCCGGCCAGCAACAGACACUCCACUACAACCCUGGGAACCAGGUUUCUUCAUGCUGAAGGCUGGUGUAGUCUAUAUGUUUGGUGACAAAUCCUGUCACUUGCCCAAACGUUGGAUCCCACUGAGGGGGAAUGGAUGUCGCCGUAUUCCUCAUGCUCACCGCCCACAUACGUUUGAGAUCAUCCUGGGUCCACGGAGAUCAUUUCAGUUUGCUGCCGCUGAUGAGUAUGAAGCAUCUGAUUGGCUGCAGGCUUUUAUUCAGGCAGCAUCUGGUGUGCAUGAAGAGGGGCAGGCACAGACCAUGUGCUGCUCACUAGUGGUGACGACACACCACAUCAUCACUUGCCUAGAAAGGUUUGCGGGAUGUGCACAAGUGCAGACACUGUCAUGUGCUGCAAUACAGGAUCUCACAGCAUUCACUGUUGAAUCACUAGAACACAGCUGGUGUGUGCUGGAAUUUGCCUGCCGGGAAGUGCAUGAGGGCAGUGGAGACUCGGUGCUUUACUUUGCAUCUGCUGGUGAGAUGCGCGGCUUCAUGGAUAUUCUGCAGCACCUGUGGCUGUCCUUGCAGCAGACUGAGUUCCCACUCUGUCCAAUGGCAGACACCUCACUGGGCAGACGGUGUAGAGAAACCAGCACACUUCUAGCAGGUGCAUGGGAUGUCCUGCUUCCAGCUGUUUCUCACACCUCUUUGUAACCUCAACAUGGUCUUCUCCUCACUCACUAUAUUUUCACUGUCCCAUGCACAUGUAUGGUUCUGCGCCCACAUGAGGCAGCUAUGUGUCGAGCAGUCUGUUCUCGUAAUAUUCAUCUGCACUGUGAGUUUUGUAUCUUCAGAGAGGAAACAAAGUGGUAGCCUGCUUGGAAUUACUCAUUUUUGUAGAAAUCUGUGGAGCAUGAAGACUUAUGUAACAAACACUCUUGACUUUGCAUGAUUAUUGACAGGCUGAUACACUUCUUGGUGGCCAGCCCCAGACCUACAGAAGCAGAAGAAAUAAUAAUUGUGAUAUUGCUUUCUUUCCUGUUUGUGUAUUGGUAAGUACAUGUGCAGGAUGUAGAUACAGAAAUAUGUGUAAGUUGCAGCUAGGCAUAGUUAGCUUUAUAACAGUAGCAAGUAUAUAUAUUAUUGAGUCUUCAGACAUGGGACUCUUUCCAGCAGCAUUAAGGAAAACUGUCCCACUGUUUAAUGUUCCGAUUGUAGUCUGCUUUGGUGCUAGCAUAAACUUCACGCAGGCUCAGUGUUCUGCUGCUCCAUUUCAAUCUCUGCAUAGCACAUUGAAGCACCAAACUCAUACAUGAAAUGGUUUGUCUGACAAAAGUUAGAGUUCUUCCUAUUGGUUGAAGAACUACUUUUAGUCUUAAGAACAAACAUGCUUGUGCUAGAUAGUGUGGGCCUUCUGCAGUCAUCAGAACAAAAAGACAAGAAAAGUCUCUUCAUGCCCACAACUCCAGAGAAACUGCAGUUUAAGGAAAGAAGAAUUUUAGUAUAGUUAUUAUAUCUGAAGUAUCCAUUUAUCUUGCGUAAACAGUGACACAGUUUCUUCCUUUGUAAAGGUAAAAAGGAAAAGUUAUGGCUGUGGUUACUUAGUUAAGUCAUAAUGAAAUUUGGAGGAAUGGAGAUAGCUUCACAUUCUCAACAAGGAGAUGAAUCACAGAGAUAUUGGGUUUUCGGACUUUAUCCAUCAUCCUGGUUUUAAGAUAACUAAGAAGAACACAACAU